AUGGGCGUGUCAAGCUGGGAAUAUACCCUUAGCCGGUACGGCCAGCGAGCUGUCGAGCUCCUGGCGGCCGAAUGGCAUCUCGGUUUCACCGCAUUUGGCGGGCCGCCGGUUCACUUCAAGAUUUGGCAUGACAAGUUUGUUACCAAGUUGAAGUGGAUAGAUGAGCAAUUGUAUCAGGAACUCUUUGGCAUCGCUCAGGCACUAUGCGGGCCGGGAAGCACCAAGAUGCUAUACUGCAUCAACUUGAUUCACGAUGGAUUCUUCGGCGCCGUAUUUGGCUUUCUCAUAUGGAGUCUCCCCGGAGCGCUGGGCAUGUUUGGCCUUGCUAUCGGUGUUUCCAACAUUGGAUCGGCUCUUCCCCGUGCCGUUUAUGCCCUCUUAUCGGGACUCAAUGCGGCUACUGUUGGUAUCAUUGCCCUCGCAGCUGUACAACUUUCAAAGAGUACCGUCACGGACAACCUCACCAGGACUUUGGUGUUUCUGAGUGGUGCUGCUGGCAUGCUUUAUAACGCUCUUUGGUACUUCCCCUUGCUCAUGUUUCUCAGCGGUGUUGCCGCAGUUGUCCAUGACUACCGCUGGCUGCAUAAACCUAUCAAGGCGACGGUAGCCUUGUUAAGCAGGAGGAAGAAAGAUACAACCGCUCCUGUGCAAGCUCUGCGCCACUCUUCUUCAGCCGGCCCUUCAUCGGGGGCCGCCGUCUCGGGUCAUGUUCAAGACGAGGACCGACCGAGCGAACAAAGGCUCUCUGGAGCCGAAUCCGAGCCUAGGAUCAUCCCGCAGGAAUAUCGUUUGAACUUUUCUUGGAAAGUCGGAACGGCCAUUAUAGCAGCCUUUUUUGCUACCUUCAUUGCCGCCAUGGUCUUGCGGAGCGUUUUACCCGAACCUCCUCUCCUCUUCCGCCUGUUUGCCAACCUGUACCUCGCAGGUACAAUCAUCUUCGGCGGUGGACCCGUCGUCAUCCCGUUGCUCCGAGAAUACGUCGUCGCCGAAGGGUGGGUCAGUCCGCGAGACUUUCUGAUCGGGCUUGCAAUUGCUCAGGCGUUCCCGGGCCCCAACUUCAACUUUGCUGUGUUCUUGGGAGCUCUGGCUGCCUCAAACAGUGGCAACUCGUCCGUUGCUGGAGCGAUUCUUGCUUUUGUGGGCAUGUUUUUGCCGGGCAUCGCCCUCGUUCACGGCACAAUGGGCGUCUGGGGCUCGCUGCGGAAUAGACGAUGGGUCAAGUCCGGUUUGAGGGGUGUGAAUGCUGGUGCUGUUGGACUGAUUUACACGGCCGUCUAUCGAAUUUGGCAGGUUGGGUAUCUUGACGAAGGUUUUCAGUCUGGGCGAAGCCUGGGUGACGAUCCAUGGUGGGUUGUGGUUACAGCCACGGCGUAUGUUGGAGGCAGAUAUUAUGGAGUUUCAGCACCGGCAGCCAUCCUUCUGGGAGCUGUAAUGGGGCUGAUUCGAUACGGCGUGAUAAAUGGCCGAGGCUGAUGUCUUUGGAAAUGUACAAUCUAUCGAAGCUCGAGGGCGGGUUUAGCCAUCUACCCAUGAUACCUGUACGGUGUGUAUGUGAGGCUUUUGCGCACUGUAUCAGCCACACUCACGCCAAGGUACAUGUACGCCAUGGCGUUGUUAGCAACCACUCACAUGUAAAGUAGGUAAACACCUUGAUUGAGUUCUGUUGCGCACUCU